CCACAAAGCUUAUCCUCUCACCUCACAAACUCUCAUCUUCACAGAACCCAUCUGAAACAAAGAGAACAGAGAAAGAAAGGUUUCAAUUAUGGAGGGCAAGGAAGAAGAUGUUAAGCUUGGAGCCAACAAGUUCUCAGAGCGCCAACCCAUUGGGACAUCGGCUCAAUCAGACAGCAAAGAUUACAAAGAACCACCACCGGCUCCUUUCUUUGAGCCAGGUGAGCUUUCCUCAUGGUCUUUUUACCGAGCCGGUAUAGCCGAGUUCAUAGCCACUUUCUUGUUCUUGUACAUCUCGGUCUUGACCGUUAUGGGUGUGGUUAAAUCUCCCACAAAGUGUGGUACUGUUGGUAUUCAAGGGAUUGCUUGGGCUUUUGGGGGUAUGAUCUUUGCCCUUGUCUACUGCACUGCUGGUAUCUCAGGAGGACACAUCAACCCAGCUGUGACUUGGGGUUUGCUCCUGGCUCGAAAACUUUCUGUAACCCGGGCCUUGUUCUACAUGGUGAUGCAGUGCCUUGGAGCCAUCUGUGGUGCUGGUGUGGUUAAAGGGUUCAUGGGUAAGAACCAAUUCAACACCUUGGGUGGUGGAGCCAAUGUUGUAGCCCAUGGUUACACCAAAGGUGAUGGUCUUGGUGCUGAGAUCAUUGGCACCUUUGUGCUUGUAUACACUGUUUUCUCAGCCACUGAUGCCAAAAGAAGUGCCAGAGACUCACAUGUCCCUAUUUUGGCUCCGUUGCCAAUUGGGUUUGCGGUGUUCUUGGUUCAUUUGGCGACCAUCCCCAUCACCGGAACUGGGAUCAACCCUGCAAGAAGUCUUGGGGCUGCAAUCAUCUACAACAAGAAACAUGCAUGGGAUGACCAUUGGGUUUUCUGGGUUGGUCCCUUCAUUGGAGCUACACUGGCUGCUCUGUACCAUGUGAUAGUCAUCAGAGCCAUUCCCUUCAAGAGCAGAUCAUAAACUUUGAUUUGGUUUUGAUUUUGUUUUCUCUCCCCUAUGGAAUGGAUUGUUGUUUAUUAAUCUCUCUGUACCCAAAUUAAAUGUGGAUUUAGUGUACUUCUGUUGAUGAAUGUGUGUGUAAAUUACCUAUCUACCCCUGAGUUGGUGUUGUAUUGAUUUCAGUUGAAAAAAGAAAACUCUUGUAUGUCACCAACCUUUUUUUCCCUAUGGAAUGAAAUCAUCUCUUCUAUUCUGGUUCUGGU